AUGGAUCCGGCUGUGAGACAACCGCCUCGAGCAAGGCCUCUUGAAGCCAAUGCCAUCGAUCACAUGGUGAGAUGUUACGGAGGCCAGACCAUCGCCAUAGAGAUGGAGCCCCGCUACAUGCAAAAGUCCAAGCAACCUCGCGACGUGGUCCAGUACAUUGACUUCCUCAAUCGCAGAAACGGAGAACUGAGGCUAGAGCUUACCUUCUACCGAGAGUGCUAUCGGCACGCAGAGAAGUUCAAGGACAAGAUUGGCACCAUCUCCCAGGAUCUGCUUCACGCAUGCAUUGUUGGUUUGCUCGACGAGACAGCUUUCGAUGAAGUUCGAGACCUCUCUAAGGCAGUCGUGGACGCGGUAGACCGGCUUCGCCACGACCAGGAGGAAGCCUUUGACGCCUUUAUAGCGCCCUACCGAGCAGCCAAGAGCCCCAAAAAGGCUGCCAUGUCGACGGACGGGUGGAUUUGA